AUGCUCACCCCACCCAUAAACUUUCCCAAGUGGCUCGAGGAGAAUGGGCACCUGCUCAAGCCGCCUGUUGGCAACAAGUGUAUUUUCAAGGGGGAGAACUUCUUCACCAUGAUCGUCGGUGGCCCAAACACGCGCUCCGACUUCCACAUCAACACGACAGAGGAGUGGUUCUACCAAUACAAAGGGGCGAUAGUGCUGGUCGUCAUCGACGAUGGCAAGCUGCGCGAGAUUGUCAUCAACGAGGGCGACAUGUUCCUUCUUCCUGCCCGCACGCCGCACUCACCACGCCGUCCUGCCGACACGGUCGGCGUCGUCAUAGAGAUGAACCGCCCGGGGACCGAGAUUGACACGAUGCGCUGGCUGUGCCCCAACCCCGUGCACGGCGACAAGCUCGUCGUCAUCCGCCAAGUGCAGUUCCACUGCAGCGACAUCGACACGCAGAUGAAGCCGCACCUAGACAAGUGGGUUGCCGACGAGGAGCUGCGCAGGUGUCCCGAGUGCGGCGACGUUGCACCAGCGCAGCGCGGCAAGCUGUCGGUCCUUGGCGAGCAGUAG